UUUAAUUACUUUUUUCUUCCGUUUCUUAAUUUUAGUUACGGAAAUCAUGUUCGUUGAUGAAUAGCUCAAACGAUUUCAAAAUCAAUGAGCUAAAAGCACCUUCCUCUCGAUCUCGAUAUCUGUAGGCACUUUUGGAGUUAGUGUUGUCAUUCCUAAUUUGAUUUAGGGAACCGAUCAGCUGAAAUUGGAGAGGAAUAAUUGAUGGAGUGGGCGACGCUACAGCAUCUAGAUCUCCGGCACGUUGGUCGGAGUUCGAAAUCCUUGCAGCCUCAUGCCGCCACAUUUCACCCUACUCUGGCUAUUGUGGCCGCCGCUGUCGGAACUCACAUCAUUGAAUUCGAUGCGCAUACUGGAAGUAAGAUCGCGGCCAUCGAUAUUGGUUCUCCGGUUGUGCGUAUGGCUUAUAGUCCUACCAGCGGCCAUGCCAUCAUUGCAAUACUCGAGGAUUGUACAAUUCGAUCCUGUGAUUUUGACUCUGAGCAAACAUGUGUGCUGCAUUCACCUGAAAAGAGAAUGGAACAAAUUUCUUCUGAUACAGAAGUUCAUCUUGCCUUGACUUCUCUUCAACCUAUUGUGUUUUUUGGUUUCCAUCGAAGGAUGAGUGUAACAGUUGUUGGAACAGUGGAAGGUGGGAAAGCUCCUACGAAAAUAAAGACAGACCUGAAGAAACCUAUUGUUAAUCUUGCUUGCCACCCUCGCCUUCCUGUUUUGUAUGUAGCUUAUGCAGAUGGUCUGAUCCGAGCCUAUAAUAUCCAUACAUAUGCUGUUCAUUACACCCUACAACUUGAUAACACCAUAAAGCUAAUUGGAGCUGGAGCAUUUGCCUUUCAUCCAACAUUAGAGUGGGUUUUCAUUGGUGAUAGACGUGGUACACUUCUUGCUUGGGAUGUAUCGACUGAAAGGCCUAUGAUGAUAGGGAUUACUCAAGUUGGUUCUCAGCCAAUUACAUCAGUUGCUUGGCUCCCAGUGUUACGGUUACUUGUUACGUUGUCAAAAGAUGGAAGCAUCCAAUUAUGGAAGACUCGAGUUAAUGUGAAUCCCAAUAGACCUCCAAUGCAAGCAAAUUUUUUUGAGACUGCUGGAAUUGAAUCAAUUGACAUCCCUCGGAUUCUCUCUCAGAAAGGGGGAGAAGCAGUUUACCCUUUACCACGAAUAAAGGCUUUAGAGAUUCAUCCAAAAUUAAACCUGGCAGCUGUAUUGUUUGCAAGUAUGACCAGUGGAGACAACCGAAAAAACAGAUCUGCAUAUACAAGGGAAGGACGGAAACAGCUGUUUGCUGUUUUGCAAAGUGCAAGGGGAUCUUCAGCAUCUGUGUUGAAGGAAAAACUCUUAUCUCUGGGUUCAUCUGGAAUAUUAGCUGACCAUCAGCUUCAAGCACAAUUACAAGAGCAUCAUUUGAAAGGUCAAAAUCAAAUUACAAUAUCAGACAUUGCACGAAAGGCCUUUCUUUACAGUCAUUUUAUGGAAGGACAUGCCAAAACUGCUCCAAUAACUCGGUUACCUCUCAUCACUAUCUUGGAUACUAAGCAUCUUUUACGAGAUGUUCCUGUUUGCCAGCCAUUUCAUCUGGAGCUAAAUUUUUUCAGUAAGCAAAACCGAGUACUUCAUUAUCCUGUUAGGGCUUUCUAUUUGGAAGGGGCAAAUCUCAUGGCUUAUAAUCUCUCUUCUGGAGUGGAUAAUGUCUACAAGAAGCUAUACACCUCGAUACCCGGGAAUAUAGAAUAUCAUGCGAAGUGCAUUGCUUACAGUAAAAAGAAGCACCUGUUUCUGGUUGUUUAUGAGUUUAGUGGCACUGCACAUGAAGUGAUUCUAUAUUGGGAGAAUACAGAUCCUCGUUCAACUAAUAGUAAAGCAAAUACGAUCAAAGGUCGAGAUGCUGGUUUUGUUGGUCCUAAUGAAAACCAUUUUGCAAUUCUUGAUGAGGACAAGACAGGACUUUCUUUAUAUAUAUUACCUGGAGUGGCUUCACAAGAGUCUAAGGACAAUAAUAGCAUGAUUGAUGGAGACCAAGCUGCCGGUCCUGACAUUACGGAUGUUACUGCUAUUAAGGGCCCACUGCAGUUUAUGUUUGAAAGUGAAGUUGAUCGUAUUUUUUCUACUCCACUAGAGUCAACCAUGCUCUUUGCUUCGCAUGGGGAUCAAAUUGGCUUGGCAAAGCUUGUCCAAGGAUACCGCCUUUCAACUGCUGAUGGUCAUUUCAUAUCAACUAAAGCUGAAGGGAAAAAAUCAAUCAAGUUGAAAACCAGUGAGAUGGUACUCCAGGUGCACUGGCAAGAAACUCUCAGGGGCUUUGUUGCCGGUAUACUAACUACACAGAGAGUGCUCAUUGCUUCAGCAGAUCUGGAUAUAUUGGCCAGUAGUUCUAUGAGAUUUGAUAAGGGGCUGCCUUCAUUUAGAUCCCUUCUCUGGAUUGGGCCUGCUCUUCUCUUUUCUACUGCUACUUCCAUCAGUAUGCUUGGCUGGGAUGGAAAAGUGAGAACUGUACUUUCCAUAUGUAUGCCAAAUGCAGUACUUGUUGGAGCUUUGAAUGAUCGCCUGUUGCUUGCAAACCCUACAGAUAUAAAUCCCCGACAAAAGAAGGGGAUUGAAAUCAAGAGUUGUCUUGUGGGCUUGCUUGAGCCACUUCUUAUCGGAUUUGCGACAAUGCAGCAACAUUUUGAGCAGAAGCUUGAUCUACCAGAAGUACUUUACCAAAUCACCUCAAGGUUUGAUAGCUUGAGGAUUACUCCAAGAUCACUUGAUAUUCUUGCCAGUGGUUCACCAGUUUGUGGUGAUCUUGCUGUUGCUCUGUCGCAAUCAGGCCCCCAAUUCACACAGGUGUUGCGAGGAAUCUAUGCAGUUAAAGCACUUCGCUUUUCUACUGCUUUAUCUGUCCUAAAGGAUGAGUUCUUGCGGUCUAGAGAUUAUCCACGAUGCCCCCCAACCUCACAUUUAUUCCACCGAUUUCGCCAGUUGGGAUAUGCAUGUAUCAGAUAUGGUCAAUUUGACAAUGCAAAAGAAACUUUUGAAGUAAUAGCAGACUUUGAAAGCAUGCUUGACCUCUUUAUAUGCCACCUUAACCCUAGCGCAAUGAGGCGUCUUGCUCAGAGAUUGGAAGAAGAGGGCGCUGAUCCAGAGUUAAGGCGAUAUUGUGAAAGGAUUUUGAGAGUCCGCUCAACAGGGUGGACCCAAGGCAUUUUUGCAAAUUUUGCUGCUGAAAGUAUGGUUCCUAAAGGACCUGAAUGGGGUGGUGGGAACUGGGAGAUUAAGACUCUUAUUAACAUGAAGGACAUACCUCAAUGGGCACUGGCUGCUGAAGUGAUGCCUUAUAUGAGAACUGAUGAUGGCACCAUUCCAUCCAUUGUUACUGACCACAUUGGUGUUUAUCUGGGCAUCAUUAAAGGAAGAGGAAAUGUUGUUGAAGUGAGAGAAGAUAGUUUGGUGAAAGCAUUUAAAGCUGAAGGUAGUAACAUCAAAGCAAAUGGACUUCAGACAGCUCUAGCCACAUCAACACCUGGCAAGUCUAAUGGGGUUCCUGAAGGUGAACCAAAAUCGAAUUCCUUGAUGGGCCUAGAAACCCUCUCUCAGCAAUUUUCGGGUUCUCAUGCAGUUGAUGAACAAGCCAAAGCAGCAGAGGAAUUUAAAAAAUCGCUGUAUGGUUCUGCCGCUGAUGGUAGCAGCAGUGAUGAGGAAGAAAGUUCAAAGACCAAAAAGUUACACAUUCGAAUUCGAGAUAAACCAGUCACAUCAUCUACCGUGGAUGUAAAUAAGAUUAAAGAAGCCACAAAGCAGUUGGGUUUGCCGAUGGGUAGAACCAAAUCAUCCACUGGUUCAUCCCCGGAUCUUGGCCUGAUUUUAUCUCAACCUGCUCCUCCCACCACUGGAAGUGUGACAGCUCCUACAGUUUCUGCACCUACUGAUCCUUUUGGAACAGACUCUCUGGUGCAACCUACAUCUACCUCACAGCCUUCCCCUAUUUCUACUGGUGCUGGAGUUACACCUAGGCCGAUCCCGGAGGACUUCUUCCAGAAUACCAUAUCAUCUAUCCAGGUUGCUGCAUCACUGCCUCCUCCUGGAACUUACCUUUCGCAACUGGAAAAGAAUUCUCAAGGAUUACAAGGUAACAAGGUUGUGGCUAACCAGGAGAGUGCACCUGUAGCUGAUAUAGGUCUACCUGAUGGUGGUGUCCCACCACAAGCAACGCAGCAACCUGUUUCAUCUGAUUCCAUUGGCCUUCCAGGUGGUAGCAUACCACCACAGUUAAGUGUUCAGCCUGUCAUGCCAGUGCAGUCUCAGCCUCAGAUGGCACAAGUUCCAAUCUCAACACAGCCCCUUGAUCUCAGUUCUCUGGAAGCUCCAGGUUCUGGAAUGCCAGGAAGAGCUCCUGAACAUCCCACUUCUCCAAAAGCUGUACGUCCUGGACAGGUUCCUCGUGGGGCUGCUGCUCCAUUUUGCUUCAAGACCGGAAUGUCUCAUCUUGAGCAGAAUCAACUUCCAGAUGCAUUAUCCUGCUUUGAUGAAGCUUUCCUAGCACUGGCCAAGGAUCAGUCUCGUGGAGCUGAUAUCAAGGCUCAGGCCACAAUAUGUGCUCAGUAUAAAAUUGCAGUCACGCUACUCCGGGAAAUUAGCCGGUUACAGAAAGUCCAAGGCCCAAGUGCUAUCAGUGCAAAAGAUGAGAUGGCAAGGUUGUCUCGUCACCUCGGUUCAUUGCCUCUUCUUGCCAAGCACCGGAUAAAUUGCAUUCGAACUGCCAUAAAAAGGAAUAUGGAUGUGCAGAAUUAUGCCUAUUCGAAGCAGAUGCUUGAAUUGCUCCUAUCUAAAGCCCCUCCUGGCAAGCAAGAUGAGUUGCGUAGCCUAAUUGACAUUUGCGUUCAGAGAGGAUUGUCCAACAAGUCUAUUGAUCCUUUAGAAGACCCUUCCCAGUUCUGUGCUGCUACACUUGGUCGUUUAUCAACAAUUGGUUAUGAUGUUUGCGAUCUAUGUGGGGCCAAAUUUUCUGCACUGUCCACACCUGGCUGCAUUAUCUGUGGAAUGGGAAGCAUCAAAAGAUCUGAUGCUCUUGCGGGACCUGUCCCUUCGCCAUUUGGCUGAGAUUCAUAAGCUUCCUGGAUCGACUUAAUUGGCAAUUUUGUUGUGUGCUACUUCCUUAUUUUGAUCCAGCUUCAUGCUGUGAUUUUGCUUAUGCUACCCUCUUUUUUUAUAAUUUUGUCCUCUUUUUUUUUUUUUUUUUCAUUUUCAUCUUUUGGUUAUUUUUCCAGUAGGUAUGUUGUUAGCUGUACAGUUUAUGUUGUUUCAUAUUGGGAGGCUUUCAUAUUUCAUGUACUAUAAUCAAUGUACUCCCAGCAGAGGGACCUGGGUGUAUUCUUUGCUGUAUUUAAGUGUAUUGGUUUUGUAUGCU